AUGAAUUUUAAAUAUAUUUGCAUCACUAUUUGUUUUAUCUUUACAAUUUUCAAUUUAUCAAAUUCUACAUUCACACCAGUUGAGUGUGAUUUUUGUACAUUGGCCGUCGAUUCACUUCACAAUAUUGCUUUAGCUGACAAUUUAACAUAUGCUGAUAUUGACGGAGCUUUGGGUAGAAUUUGUAAUUCAAUUCCAUCUAAUUAUUCUGGUUUGUGUAAUUAUGUUUUAGAAGCAAUGGGACCAACUGUCAUUAAACAAGUAUUAAAUGGAACUAGAUCUGAAAUUGUUUGCACAGAACUUACCAUUUGUUCAAAUGUAAAUUUAAAAAAUAAAAAUAGUAUUUGUCAAAAUGUUGAAACAGCUCUCUUAACUGUUGCAAAAGCAAUUGAAGAUAUUUCCGAAUUAUUUAAUGAAUCAACCAUUAUCCAAACUGUUUUGAAAGUUUUAAUUGAGGUUAAUGAUAAAAUAACCCAAAUUUGUUCAAAUUAA